AUGGAUGAUGAUGUUGCGAUUAGUACGCUCAGUCGGCCCAUUAUGUUGACCAUAAUUCGAGCGAAGUUUACUAAACAUAAUAUCCAAGUUUGGUUUUUCAUGCUAUGCUUUGCCGUCACCCUUGUAUGGGCGCGUCCACAACGCUAUGCACACAUCGCAGUUAUCGAAAAUGAUGCAUAUGAACAGACCUUACCUAACGCGCUGAGAAAUCCCUUCUACAAAACGCCUCGAGUGCGCGAGGCACUAGCCAAAUCCAGCUGGUUCGGACCGGGCGAGGAGCCGGUAUAUGAUCGGCAAGCGGAGAAAAUACCACGCGCUGAGAUCUACAACGUGCUCGCACAUGCCGGGUUCAUCAAUCGGAGAGGAAAAUUAAUUUAA